GUGGGCAAACUGGCAUAAACAGGCCUGCACAAGUGGAAAAACAUUCAAUUCCCGUGCUUGUAACGCGCUGGGUCCACACAGUAGCCAGAGAGCAGAAAGAAAAUCUGACUGUCCAUGAACGAAGUGUGAAACCAAGAGUGUAACGACCUGCAGGCACCUCUUCAAGGGGAACCUAACAUUGGAGGAUUUUCUUUGCUUUCGGAGACUCCAAAUAAUAGAAAAAAACUAUCCAAGAUGACUGUCACUUACUCCAGUAAAGUAGCAAAUGCGACUUUUUUUGGAUUUCAUAGGUUACUCCUCAAGUGGAGAGGCAGCAUCUACAAACUACUAUACAGGGAAUUUAUUGUUUUUGCUGUUCUUUACACAGCAAUAAGUUUGGUGUACAGAUUGUUUCUUACAGGAGCCCAAAAAACUUACUUUGAAAAAUUAUCAAUUUACUGUGACAGAUAUGCUGAACAAAUUCCAGUAACGUUUGUGCUUGGAUUUUACGUUACUCUGGUAGUAAACCGAUGGUGGAACCAGUUUGUGAAUCUUCCCUGGCCGGACAGGUUGAUGUUCCUCAUCUCCAGCAGUGUCCAUGGGAGUGACCAGCACGGGCGCCUGCUCAGAAGGACUCUGAUGCGCUACGUGAAUCUCACGUCCCUGCUCAUCUUCCGCUCGGUCAGCACAGCUGUGUACAAAAGGUUUCCAACGAUGGACCACGUGGUUGAAGCAGGUUUUAUGACAGCGGAUGAAAGGAAAUUAUUUGACCAUCACAAAUCUCCUCAUCUGAAAUAUUGGGUUCCAUUCAUCUGGUUUGGAAAUCUUGCAACUAAAGCCCGAGAUGAAGGUAGAAUCAGAGACAGUGUUGAUUUACAGUCCCUGAUGACUGAAAUGAAUCGAUACCGCUCUUGGUGCAGCCUCUUAUUCGGUUAUGACUGGGUUGGAAUCCCGCUGGUUUACACUCAGGUUGUCACUCUUGCUGUGUACACCUUCUUCGUUGCAUGCCUCAUUGGACGCCAGUUUUUGGAUCCCACCAAAGGCUACGCAGGACAUGACUUAGAUCUUUACAUUCCAGUCUUUACUCUCCUGCAGUUCUUCUUCUAUGCAGGCUGGCUGAAGGUAGCUGAGCAACUCAUCAACCCUUUUGGAGAAGAUGAUGAUGACUUUGAAACUAACUGGUGCAUUGAUAGAAAUUUGCAGGUCUCUCUUUUAGCUGUGGAUGAGAUGCACAUGAGCUUACCUAAAAUGAAAAAGGACAUUUACUGGGAUGAUUCUGCCGCCCGACCACCAUAUACACUGGCAGCUGCUGAUUACUGUAUACCCUCAUUUCUGGGAUCAACAACCCAAAUGGGGCUGUCCGAGUCCGACCUCCCCAGUGAGGAGUGGAUGUGGGAUUUUCAGAAGCACGGCCAUCGGCGCUCCAUGAUAAGAAGAGUCAAGAGGUUCCUGAGUACCCAUGAGCAUCCCACCAGCCCCAAGAGAAGCUUCCGGAGGCAGGCCAGCGACAGCUCCACGCUCUUCACCAUCAGCCCAACCCAGGAUCUGCUGCAGGUGCCCUCCAGAAGUGGCCCCAGAGCCUCACAUAGCCGAAAGCCAUCUGGUUCCCUGGAGGACAGCCCCAAGCUGCAUUCCAGCAUGGGAGAACUGUCCACAAUCAGGGAGACCAGCAGGACAAGCACCCUCCAGAGCGUGACCCCACAAUCCAGUGUGAAAGCCUCCCCCACCAAAAUGCCCCAGGUGCCUGAGGUGUUGAUCACAGCGGCUGAAGCUUCAGGGCCCUCAUCAGAUGCCCAUCACCAUGAUUCCACUACCUCUAUCACCAGCUUGGAGUUUACUGGGGUCGAGUCAAACAGGACAGGGCAGCAGGAGGGCCCUGUAGAAUUACUCCUGUCCCCCUCAGAAGAGGGGACACCAACUCCUGGGAGCCCUGCUCCCCAGCCUGCUUCAACCAGAGUGUUCAACUUUGAGGAGGACCUGGAAGAUGAGAGAUUCCUAAAAAGGUGGAGCCUCCCACAGUUUCAGAAGCCCAGUCACACCUCUCUGGGGAAUCUAAGUCCAGAUCCCAUGAGCCCUGGGCCGCUUCUCUUACUUGAAACACAGACAUCCUCAGAACCUAGUGCUACCAGCAAUGAAACUGGCUCUCGGGUCUCUCUUGAUGUGCUGUACUUAAUGGAAAACCUGGACACCAAAGAGACAGAUAUCAUAGAAUUUAACAAUGAGCAGACAGAGGAAUCUCCCAAAGGAAUGCCACAAAGCUCUCAGACCAGGUUCUAGCCCAGAUUCCACUUUGCCAAAGGCUCCUCAUUAAUCCCAGAGGCUGGUUAGCUUUUUGGAGAACAUGAUCCCACUGUAUAAGCUACUUAGAAAUGCAAAGGGCAUUAAUAGAUCUUGAAAACUUUGAAAAUCAGACACAUUCAUUUGCAUCAUCCAUAAUAAUGUGGCUUUCACAGAAAUUAUACAGAUCACAAUGAGGUAUCGUAACCUAAUAAGGAAUAUCUUAUAUAAAUAAAUCUGACUUGUAAAUUCAUAUAUUAUUAGUUAUGGAAAGGGCCUUAUGUAUCAUAAUCUAAUCCUCUAGACACAAAGACCCAAACACAAGGAUUCUCUAUUUUCUUUUUUGAUUUUACUUUUUCCUUUCUUCUUUAACUAUAAAGAUAGGACAUGAAUAACACAGUGCCCCCCCAAAGGCCCUUUUCUACUUAUAAUUCUUUGAGAUGUUCUAACCAUCUCACAGUUUUUCUAUAACUUUAUCACCAUUUUCAAAUUCUUAGCUUCAUCAGCAUCAGAAAGCUCCACUUCUUUCCAAUUUUCCCUUUCAUUUCCAAAUCUUCAUUUUCCUCUCUUCCAUCUUUAUUUGCUCAUGUUUUUUGCCUUCUUCUCUCCAGUCGUGCUUAUUCUCUAGUUACUACAAUCUGACUCACCUUCCAGGUUAAUUUUCUCUUGCCUAAUCUGCAGCUUGCUUCUUACCUGACUCCAUAGCUUCUGGCUACGGUAUUCCAAAUAGGAGGCUCUGACAAAGCCUCCCAUCAGAUAAUCAAAUAGGUCAACAAUACAGGCUCACCCACAUCCAGCCUCCGAGGGGGCCAGGUUAGUGUAUCUGCCACUCAAAACCAUUGCUGCUGCACUCUGAUUCCGCUCUUGCUCUGGGACCCUGGAGAAAACUGAGGCUUAAAGGAUGUGAAGAUUGCCUAACCAAAUGCCGUGGAACCAAAGAAUAACAUGGCUUAAAUCAGCCUGGCUUGAACUCUGAAACAGAAAUCUCAAUUGUGUCACAACAUGGGACCAGCUACUGUGUCUGUUGGGUUGUUUGGAAUGAGAUAGACUAUUGGAGAUGGUGUCCGGGCCUGCAUAACGGGAAUUGGGUUUUGACUAACGCCUUCCAGGAGCUCUUAGAGUGGUUAUUUAUUGUGAGCUCCUAAGUCUGUAAGGCCUUUCCUUGUACGUGGCACUCUGUCCAUUCGCCAUCUGAUGACUUGGCUGUAUAUGGCUUAAGAAAUAAAAUAACCCUGGUCACUAUCA